UCAUAGUGCGUCUCCGUCCACGGGAUAGAUUAUUCCCCGGAUGUUGGAGGAGCUAUAAUUGCCCACGUCAUAACAGGAUCGUGUUGGAUCAUCUCGGAAUCCUCUUUUGGUUUCUUCCUCUGCAGAAAGUGUUCUCCUUUUCUUGGUAAUCUUCUUGAAGGUCUUGGGGGGGUGUUCUUGGAAGCAGCGAAGGGAGAAGGUUGCUGCGAGAUGGAUGAAGAGUACGCGAAGUUCAUCAGGAGGAUGAACCCACCAAGGGUUGUCGUUGACCACAAUGCCUCUGGAGAUGCUACGGUUAUCCAGGUUGACAGUGUUAACAAACACGGGAUUCUCCUAGAAGUUGUCCAAGUGUUCACAGAUUUGAAUCUUGUCAUAACCAAAGCCUACAUAUCAUCUGAUGGGGGAUGGUUCAUGGAUGUUUUUCACGUCGUGGAUCGCGAUGGCAAGAAAAUCAGAGACAUGGAAGUCAUCGAAAAUAUUAAGAGGAGAAUUGAGAAAAGUGCAAGCUUCGCUCCCUCGCUGAGAGGGUCUGUGGGUGUGAUGCCCUCCGAAGAACACACCUCAAUUGAACUCAAUGGAACUGACCGGCCAGGUCUACUGUCCGAAGUUUGUGCAAUUCUCACGAACCUCCACUGCAAUAUAGUAAAUGGUGAGAUAUGGACUCACAAUGCCCGGGCAGCGGCAGUUCUUCACGUCACGGAUGAUUCCAUUGGUUGUGCGGUCAAAGAUGCUGAGCGUCUCACGAAAAUCAAGGAAAUGCUCUUCAAUAUCCUUAAAGGAGACGAUGACUUGAAGACUGCCAAGACAACUCUUUCGCCUCCCGGGGUUACCAGUAGGGAGAGAAGGUUACAUCAGAUUAUGUUUGCUGAUAGGGACUACCAGAGGUUCGAAAACAGUAGUGUCGGACAAGCUGAUGAUCAGAGCUUGAGACCCCAUGUGACUAUUAUGGACUGUGAUGAGAGAGACUACACCAUCAUCACUAUGAGGUCCAAAGACCGACCAAAGUUAUUGUUCGACAUUGUCUGCACGCUGACGGAUAUGCAGUAUGUGGUCUUCCACGGCAUGGUGAAAACCGGGAGAAAGGAAGCUUACCAGGAAUUCUAUAUUCGGCAUGUUGAUGGGCUCCCUAUUGGCUCGGAAGCUGAAAGAGAGCGCAUUGUACAGUGUCUUGAAGCGGCAAUUCAAAGGCGGGCAUCAGAGGGUUUAGAGUUGGAAUUGUGCAUAGGCGACCGGGUUGGGCUGCUCUCGGAUAUCACCCGGAUAUUCCGCGAGAACAGCUUGUGCAUAAAGAGAGCAGAAAUAACUACAAAAGGUGAAAAAGCCAAAGACACGUUUUAUGUGACGGAUGUGACCGGUGACCCUGUUGAUCCAAAGAUAAUCGAUUCGAUUCGCAAGCAGAUUGGUCAAACUGCAUUGCGGGUGAAACAAAACUGGAACUUUUCGCCCAAACCACCGGAGAAGACGAAGGCGGGACUCCUUUUUGGCUACUUCUUUAGUUCUCGGACUUUCCAAAACUUCAAAUUGAUCAGAUCCUACUCAUAGUAGCUCUGUCUACAUUUGUACUAUAGAUUUCAGUGAAGCUUCAAGUGUAAAAGAUGUACAUAGAUAUUAGGAUGUCUGUAAACAUGUAUGUGCCCUAGCUCUUGGUUUCUAGGACAAAGCUACAGUCAGUCACAAUGUCAAUGAAAGAGAGACCGCCUUGUAGUCAUCGAUUUAGUAAAGGCCAUUUGUUGUACAGUGUCUGAGUACUAAUGUACAGUUUGGCAUCCAUGCAAAA